GUUCCAUUCAGUGCUCUUGGGUAUAUAAUACAGACUCGCACCCACAAGUUAUAGCUACUAUCAUCAGCAGCUUCCAAGUUCGAUCGGCAACCUCCAGCGACUAUAGCAUCCGUCCGCCAGCAACUGCAACUCCUCAGCCAUACCUAUCACCCCUUGCGAUCAAGAUCCGUCAAGAGCGUCAAGAUGUCCGGCAACCAGCAGAGCAACAACCCCAACCAACAGCAACCCGCACCGACCUGGGAAUCCGCCUCGCUCGCCACCUUCCUACGUUCCUACUUCCCGCAAGGCAGCCGCGCAAACUAUGACUUCGCCCGCGAGAUCCAGCAAGCGCGCAGCAUCCUCAACUGCAUGUACUACCUUGAUCAGCAAGGCAGCCAAGCAAUGCACCGCAUCGUGCAGGAGAUCCAAGACGCACCUCCAACAGGACAAGAUGUGCCUCCUCGCUUUCAGAACACGCCGGAGAACAUCCUAACGGUGACCCUGCUGCUGCUGUUCCAUGCCGAUCGCUUCGGCGGCUUCUAUCUGCCGCCGUUGCCACAGGCGAGAAUCGCUCGGGAGCAGACGCCACAGGGACGCAUUACCGAGUACCCACGCUUCCCCCCACCGCCGGGUGCUGCUCCACCGACUGGCUAUACCCCGGGGCUAUUCGCCGGUCAGCAAGGUCCAGGGGUUGGCGCUCAGCCGCCUCCUCUUACUCCCGGCCAGGCUGGAUUCGGCCCCGGAUGGGGUCCUCCUACCUACGACCAGCCCAUACCACUACCUGGAAGUAUGGCCGGUGCUGGCACAGGAGCUCUCGGUGGAGGUGUUGUUCCCCCUCGACCUCGAGACCCUUGGUCGCCGACUCUCGGUGGCCUCGGGGCCCCUGGCGAUCGUGGAGGCCGUCAAGGUGGUGGACGCGCCCAAGGCCGUGGACGUGGUCAUGAUCGAGGUCGCGGUAGCGGCAGCGGCAGCGGUGGACGAGGACGGGGAUGGUAUGGUCGAGGUAGCGGACGCGGAUGA